CUGUCUCCAGGUCGAAAUUAUGGCUAUGCAAAAUACGCAACAAAAGAAGAUGCAAUGAGAGCAAUACAGAGUUUACAUGGUCAGAAUUUAGCUGGUCAGAGAAUUAAAGUUUUAGAAGCUGAACCACCUAAAUCUGGGGAAGGAGAUGAC